UCUGUCUCUCUUCCCUCUCUCUCUCUCUCUCUCUCUCUCUCUCUCGUUGUGCAGCCUACCAGGAAAUAUGGAAGCGUGUUUGAGGCGAUCGGGGAAACGACUGCUUAACCCCUCGUCGCUUUCGUCUUCCUCCAGAUCCACCUACCCUCUCUCUUCCGGCUAUUGGGUCGAUUCUAUUCGCAAUGUGUCGACCGUUUCCAUCAAGGGCGCCGGUAAUAUUGUCCGCAAGGGUACUGGAGGGAGAUCGUCUGUUAGUGGCAUUGUUGCGACUGUGUUUGGAGCUACUGGAUUUCUUGGUCGCUAUGUUGUUCAGCAGCUCGCUAAAAUGGGAUCUCAAGUUUUGGUACCUUUUAGAGGUUCUGAGGAUUCCCAUAGGCACCUCAAGUUGAUGGGUGAUUUAGGACAGAUAGUACCAAUGAAGUACAAUCCAAGAGAUGAGAAGUCAAUUAAAGCUGUGAUGGCUAAGGCAAAUAUUGUUCUUAAUCUCAUUGGCAGGGAAUAUGAGACCAGAAACUAUAGCUUUGAAGAAGUACACCAUUCAAUGGCGGAACAUUUGGCAGUGAUUGCGAAAGAACAUGGUGGCAUAAUGAGAUUCAUUCAAAUGUCAUGCUUAGGAGCAUCUGCUUCAUCUCCUUCUAGAAUGUUGAGAACAAAGGCUGCCUCUGAAGAAUCUGUGCUUCGAGUCUUUCCUGAGGCAACAAUUAUGAGACCAAGUACUGUUAUUGGCACAGAAGAUCGAGUUCUGAAUAGAUGGGCCCAAUUUGUAAAAAAGUGGGGCUUCCUUCCGCUCAUUGGUGAUGGAUCUACAAAGAUUCAGCCAGUUUAUGUUGUAGAUGUGGCUGGUGCUAUUGUAGCUUCCUUAAAAGAUGAUGGUAGCAGCAUGGGCAAAGUCUAUGAGCUUGGCGGGCCAGAGAUCUUUACUGUACAUGAGCUGGCGGAGCUAAUGUUUGACAUGAUCCGUGAAUGGCCACGAUAUGUUAAUGUUCCUUUUCCAAUAGCAAAGGCUAUUGCUUCUCCUCGGGAAUUCUUGCUGAAUAAAGUUCCAUUCCCUUUGCCAACUCCAGUUAUAUUCAAUCUGGAUCAUAUCAAUGCACUUACAAUGGAUGCAGUAGUAUCCGAAAAUGCUUUGACAUUCAACGAUCUUGGCAUAGUUCCUCGCAAACUGAAAGGAUACCCAGUGGAGUUCCUCUCUUCUUAUCGCAAGGGCGGUCCUUCUUUCGGUGCUACUGUUAGUGAAAAAAUGAACAGCUCCGACAUUUAGAAUUUGUGUCUGCCUUUCUGGUUUCUUAAACAUAAAGAGCUAUGGAUUUGUUAUCUUGAUAAUCUACCCUACUGCCUAUGAGAAAAGCAUCUGCUGCUUCUGCUUCUUCCAAUGGUAGCUGACUUCUAUUAGCUAAGGAAGCAAUUUAUGCUUCGUUUGGGACGGCUUUCUUACUGCUUCUUAAAGCGAUUUUUAGUACAAAAAUUUUAAUUUUUGUAUUAGAAAGCAGCGUUAAGAAGCUGUUAAAAAGCCAUCCCAAAUGGAGGUUUAAUUUUCUGUAAUAAGCUGCGCGCAUCUUGAGAUUAGUGGCGAUUAUUUCUUUCUUCCAUUAGCUGAAAUCAAUGUGUAAACCAGUUGAUUCAUGGUGAAUCUGCUUGGGCAGCAGGCUCUUCUAUCCUGACAUGUAUUUUUUUUCUUUUAUUCAGUUUCGGCUCUUUUGAUUGCUGCUAUUGUUUUUAUGACUAUUACGAUAAAGAGAAAGUUGAUAAAAAAUGUUGGUUUGAUCGUUAUGAUUA